AUGGACGAAUUUGUCCAAGCAGUUUUGAAUUUCACAAGAGGUAGCCCGGAGCAACGCAUACUUGCUGAAAAGUAUCUUAUUUCAAAAGAAAAGUCUCCCCAGUUUUAUCCAGUCGCCGUGCAAAUUUUACAGUACGUCCCAGAACAACAAAACUUAUUGGUCGACAAAAAUUUUUUAUAUUUUUAUGCAAUAAAGGUAAUAGAGACGGUCACACGAGACCAAGCGACAUUUAGUCAUGAAGCACGGACUGAUACAGUUAACUUCCUCCUUUCAUGGGCUGAGAAACAACCUCCAGGAAUAGCGAUGAAAAAGGCCGUUCAAGUUGCUGUAGUCCUUGCCAUUUCCAACGAAAUGUUUUUUCCCGCCUUUUAUCCCCAGACCGUUCUGUCACUUGCCUCUCACAACUCAAUCUCAGCCAAAAUUUCAUCGCUCUUAUUCAUCAACGAACUCAACUUGAAUCUUUUUGAUAAAGGACCAAAUUCCAAUCUCCUCGAUCUUUCAGAAAAAGUCGUUU